UUGAGUUGGAUCGAACUUUGAAGGCGAUGAGUGAAGAUCUUCAGCGCCGUGUGAGGAGUCCUUCGUUGAGUUCUUCGUAUGAAAGUGGUGGUGGGGAUGGAGUGGUCCAGCGAUGUGCCGUGUACUUGUCGAUUGUGGCGUUGUCCUUGACCGGAUUGGGGUAUGACCCGCUGCAGCGGAUAGUGGAACAGAAGGUGGCUGCGGAAGCUGAAGUGGACGCAGAGUACGAGGGGUUCUACGCAGGGAUUGAGGAGGAGCUUGAAGAGGAGGGCGAUUUGGAGAUCAAUUACCAGCCGAAUGUGUACCUAGGGCGGGUUUUUGGGCCGACCUUGAUCUGUGGACUGCUGGCUAGACCCGUUGACCUACAGCUGGUGCGCAGAAUCUAUGGCCUUGGACAUCUGUUUGUCGCCUUGUGCUACGUGCUGUUGAUGCUACCAAGCGACGGGGAAGGGGAUAGGAUCCUCCAAAUCUGUGGAUUUCUUUCGGAACUGUUCUGGAGCGGCAAACUAGUUCUGUACUUUUACCAAAUCGUCGUCUACAGCUCGCCCAACGAACGCUUCCCGGGGCUCGUGUACGGAAUCAUCGUACAGAGCUUUGGAUCCGCCGUUCUGCCCUGGAUACUCAACGAACUGGAAGAGAUCUGGCCGGAGACGCAGUACUACCUCAACAUCCUGGUAGCCCUAGCCCACCUGUCACUGUUCUACCCAAUCGGAUUCUGCCAGCACGCGGUCAAGGAAUCCUUCCCACCGUCACCUAACCUCAAAUUCCCCAAACUGGUCGCCAUCUCCUCAGCCAUCGCCGUAAUCCUAACCUCACUCUGCAACGUAACUCUCCAAUGGUUCCUCACCGACCCCUCCCCAACCCUGCUGCGACCCUUCCUGCCGCUCCUCAUCGCCGACGACUUCCUCGCCACGCUCUGGAACGUCCUGUACACCUUCAUCGGCUUCACCUUCCUCGGCUUCUUCACCCUGUUCUUCAGCCCGGUCCAAGUCCUGAUCGCGUCCCUCCUGGCGACCCUGACCGCCGGAGCCUCCUACCUCUACCUGGAGGAGGAAAUCCCCGCCAGGUUGGCCCUCCCCGCGACGGCCUUCACCUUCGCGGUGGCCCUGCACCUGCUGCUCGAACUGUGUCCCGAGCGGCGCUCGCUGGUCCCGCUAGUGGGAACCGUCUUCACCGUGGCCAACGCCGCCACCUACGGAUACUUUGGCCUGUUGACGCUGCUCUGGGAGUCGCCGGACGUGGUGAUCAUCGUGCUGUGGGCGGCCCUCGGGUUCUUUGCGUUGGCCGUGCUGGUGCUGUGCCGGGAGUUGGAGCAGAGGAAGGAAGUCGGGGGGAUUGGGGAGCAGCAGCGGGAUGUCAGUAGUGGAAGUUUUAGGACCGUGAUUACGACUAUAGCUUGAAGCCUGGGUGUGUUGUGCUAAGUUGCCGAAAUGUGAUUGUUUAAAAAAUAAAU